CAUUAUAUCUAUUGUUAUGACAGCAAUCUAUACUUUAAUAUGAGUUAUCAUAAUAAGAAAGUGUGUAGAAACUGCAUUUCUGUAUAAAUGUACAGCUAUGACCAAAGAUAAAUAGUCUUCAAAAACCAACUUGAAAUUAUAAGUGGGAGCCCAUUAGCCUAAAGUUAUGGGAAGUUGCAUUUUGACAAUUUCUCUCCAAUCCACUUUCAAACUAGUCCUUCUCCUCCUCUGUUUCUCCUACACCAAUAUCGUUCCAACUAGUUCCCAAGGUCUGCCAGGGUUUCUGCAAGGCCUAGCAUGCGGAAUAGUGAACUGUGGAGAAGGAACAUGCAGAGGUUCGAACACAACAGCGCUUGGUUUCGAAUGUGAUUGUAGUCCUGGUUGGAAGCAGAUUCCUCUUGUUUCUUUCGCCAUUCCCUCUUGUGUUCUUCCUAAUUGCACAGUUGAUUUCCAAUGCGGAAGCGGAGCUCCACCAAUAUCAUUUCCUCCGCCCCCAGCCGACAAUUCUACAAGCCCUUGUAAUUCUGUCUUCUGCGGGAACGGAAAGUGCGUAGUAAAUGGUACUAGCUACUACUGCCAAUGUGACCAAGGGUAUUCCAAUUUGUUCGGUAAAUCCACCGAUGCUUGUUUUGAACAAUGCUACUUUGGAGCAGAUUGUAAAGACCUUGGAUUAGGGCCGGCACCACCACCCAGUACUAGUUCUGCAGGCACACCGAAAACUGGUACGGAGGAACAUCGAGAUGAUACAAAAGGAAAAAAUGGAGCAUCGAACAUUAUGAAGAAUUUUCAAGCCCUUGUUAUAGCGACAAUAGCAUUAGUCUUUAUAACAUGAAUGUGGCUAGAGAUGAUGUAAGGGUGUACUGGUGUAGACAUAGAAGUACCUAAAGUAUUUCUCAGGCAAAAAAUAACCCAUGAAUUCUACCAAAUCAAUUACCAGAGGUAUCUAUGUAUAGUUAUACUGAAUUCUACUGAUUCUAAGUGGCACUUCUUAGAAAAGAAAUAUUG